AGGUCCAAGUCCAGGGAUCCAUCAGAGGCCGAGGGCGCCUCCAGCUGGGCCUCUCUUAGCCCCUCGGGCCGCAGGCUUUGGCGCGCCCCCGCUUCCUUGCUCCGCAGGGCCUUGCCGGCACGGGCGGGCAGGGUGGAGCUGCCGCAGUCCGCCAGACUGCUGCGGGCGCUCACUUCGCUCUUCCCCUUCCAGGUGCGCCUGUGCCACGGGCGCCCGGGGAAGGCAGGCCUUGCAGGGGGCAGACUCCCGCCAUGCCCGGCCCGCAGCUCCCCUCUUCGGCUUCCCGCCCGCCGCCCCCGCGAAACGACCAGCCGCAGCCCCAGUGAGGAGGAAGAGGCGGCGGCGGCAGAGGAGGCACCGCCCCCUUGGCAGCUCCCCGACCUGGCGGCCUCGGCAGGACCCAUGGCGGACUCCUCGCCCGCGUUGUCCCUGCGGGAAGGCGGCCCCCGAGCGCCGCGGUCCUCGGCCCCCUCGCCGCCGCCGCGCUCGCGCUCGGGCUCCGAGUCCGAGGAGGCCGAGCUGUCGCUGAGCCUGGCCCGCACCAAGACCCGCUCGUACGGCAGCACUGCCAGCGUGCGGGCGCCCCUGGGCGCCGGCGUCAUCGAGCGCCUGGUGGAGCACCGGGUCCGCGCCGGAGACACGCUGCAGGGCAUCGCGCUCAAGUACGGAGUCACGAUGGAACAGAUUAAAAGGGCCAAUAAACUGUUUACCAAUGAUUGUAUAUUUCUGAAGAAAACUUUGAACAUCCCAGUUAUAUCAGAGAAGCCUUUGUUGUUUAAUGGACUUAACUCCAUUGAUUCUCCAGAAAAUGAAACUGUUGAUAGCAGUUUUUCACAAGAAGAGGAGCCUGUGGUGGCUGGGGAAGACCUCCCUCCUCCCAGUCCUCAGGAAUCUGAGAUACAGCCCGAGGAAGUGUCAGCCAGAGAUUUCCUUCAGAGACUUGAUUUGCAGAUUAAAUUAUCAACACAGGCAGCCAAGAAACUAAAAGAAGAGAGCAGAGAUGAAGAGAGUCCCUAUGCAACAUCCCUCUAUCAUAGUUAGGUGAUUAGUGGCAUGAUUCUAAUCUGGAUUAAGAGGUGGUUGGACCAUAAAGCAUCCGGCAACUGAAGAUCCAGAAGCAUCCCUUUUGGAUUCCCAUAGCACUCAUCUUAAAAUCAUGAUUAAGUCUACCUACUGCAGUUGCACUGAAGUGACUAGUUCCCUCUGGCUUUCUAUAAUGUUAAGUUUUUAUUAUGGCAUGAUAGCAAAAUUAUAUUCUGAAGCUUAUUACUUUUGUAGGUGGUAAUAGUUUUUAGACUAGCUUUUGUAAAUACUGGUGGAGAUAAAGCAUCAAAGACUUUAUAUAUUUAAGCUGAAAAUAGUGUUUAUUUAGCUCCUGAUGAAACCCUAAUUAUGUGAAAAACACAGUGGCUGUUUAAGUGAUGCUGACUUUGCUGUACGUUUAUAACUUAAGUGCUAUAUACAUAUAUAUAUAUUUCAAUAUGUAUUACAUAUUCUGUAUUAAUACAAAGAACCAAAUUUUGUCUGCUAUUUUGUAAAAAUAAACUACAAAAGUCUGAGAAAAUAAACUAUGUUUUCACA